AGUAGCCGAACAAACGAAUAAAAGUUGGUUCUCGCACGGCCUUUUUUUAAUUUUCCAUCGUGUUCAACAAGAAAAGUGCCCUCCGAUAUGACGAUUUUUCGGUUAGAAGAGUUUCCCCACGUCUGCCGCCUUUGCAUGCAGUCUGCUGAAGGUACGCUAACUCCGAUCGACGGCACGCUUGUCGAUCUCAUCAAUGAAAUCGCUGCGUUUUGCAUACCUGAGGAUGUUCUACAUCUGACACCAUCCGGUGUCUGCGGGACAUGUGCGGAGGAGUUCGAAAACUUUCUUGCCUAUCGGAACCGAUUGGUUUACGUGACACAGUUUUCUUACGGUCUGGCCCAAGCCCGCAAAGGUUUCACGGAAGUGCUAGAGGACUUGUUCAAUGAUCACCAGAAAGGCAUGACAGAGAUGCUGGAAGACCUCCAAUUAGUAAAUGGGAACGCGAGAGAACACGGCGUUCAUGAGCUUCUAAACGAGUUCGAAGAUUAUGCCAUCUGUGCGCUUCCCGUGGAGGCGCAGCAUGGUGAUGAUACCAAGCAAAACUUGGACGAACCAGUUGCGAUGGAGUACGAUGAGGCAUACGAUGUGAAUGAGGAAGAUUGUGCCGAGUACUUGGAUCCAACAUCGCCCGUUGUGAAGGAGACAACAAUCGUUACGGAAAUCGAACCACUGGGGGUUGAUGAAGUUGAUGAAGUAAUCCAUCAACCAUGCGAAGAGGAGGAGGAGGAACAGGAGGACAUAGUUUUGGCCAACGAUUCCAUUAAAGAACUCGCUGAGGAUGAGCAGACAAUAGAAUAUACGGAAGAAGUGGUAAUUAGAAAGGAUGAAGAGGACGAAGAUGAAGCAGAAGCUGGAGCGGAAGGAGAAGCAACACAGCCGCAGGAGAGCGAUGCUAAACCUGCGAAGAAAGGCCUUACGAAACGAACAAGGUCAUCGAGGGAACCGGAGGCUAGUCAAAAUGGCAAAAAGGAUCAACACUGCUGCCCAAAGUGUGACUUUGUGACCGUUUACCGGAGAUCGUUUCUCAUGCACUUGGAAAGACACAAAAAGACUGAUCGGUUACCACAGCGUUCAUUCAUCUGUAAACGAUGUCAGAGUGCGUUUGCUACACGAAAGGAGCUCAUUAAACACAAACGUUCGGAGCAUCGUGACUUCAUGUGCGAUACGUGCGGGCUUGCCUUUGAGCAAAAGUUUGCGCUGGAUAUGCACCGUACCAGGCACGAUCAGAAGCGCCAGUUCAAGUGCGAUUAUUGCCCGCUCGAGUACUAUACGAAACCGGAGAAGCUCCUCCACAUCAAGCAGGCCCAUCUGAAGGUGUUUGAGGUGAAGUGUCCCGACUGUGGGUUACUGUUUAAAACCAAAAACGAGCUUAACCAGCACGUCAAAUCGCACACGGACACCCGUACCUACAUGUGCAGUGUAUGCAAGUUCGGUUUCAAGUCGCAAACGCAUCUGAGCCGGCAUACCAAGAGCGUCCAUCAGGAGGUCCGGUAUAAGUGUGACUACUGUAGCCAAUCGUACUGUCGUAAGGAUAAACUGCGGAUGCACAUCGAAAAGCAACACAACAUUCAAACCUAUUUCGUGUGCGACAUAUGCCUGCAGUCGUACAACACGCGCAGUAAGCUCGAUGAUCACAAGGCGCACCAUCUAAAUCCAAAAGACCAACAGUGUGGUACCUGCCUCUCGGCAUUCCUCACGCAGCAAGACUUUGAUGAACAUAGGUGUAUUACCUAUAGGGAGAACUACAUCUGUUGCGAUCGAGACUUCAAGUUUCACUUCCACUACAACAAACAUAUGUUUCUGGUGCACGGCGAGCAUACGAACGUACGCGUCAAGCCAACCGAAGGAUUGCUUAUGGGACAGUUUCGAGCGAUGCGCAAACAAGAAGAACGUUGCGCCAAGUGUGGUCAGGAGUUUCCAACACGCACUUUCAAAAAGCAACACAUGGCUAGCUGUGAUGGUCCCGGUUACUACGUGGUGGAGUACAUCGACAACGGCAACGCAACGGAUCAGUUGCCGCCUAUUGAGUCGGAGAGCACGUGAGUGAACAAUAGUCCAGGCACAAAUCGGGCUCUAAAACGCACCAAUUAUCAAUACCAUUGUCAUCAUACAUUACGUUACAUCGUUAAGAAGACGCUUAUUUGUUUUUUUUUUUUAAUAUACAAGACGUUUAUAUUUCGAACCUUGUCACACAACCCUUGACGCAUGGUUCACGACCCGUGAUAUCCGUGGCGAUCUUAU